CUUCAUAAAACUUGAACGGAUCAGUCCCUGACGGAAGCAUUUGGACGGAAGGACUGAUCCGUCCAAAUUUUAUGAAGAUCAGGGACUUAAAAGUAUUUUUCAAUGGUCAGAAGCAAAAAUGUCCGCGCGACAAAAGGUCAGGGAUCUAUUUGUCCUUUUCUCUUUAUUUUUUCUCACUCACCCACAAAGAAGCAGAGAGUGCAGCUUCAGAGUUUGCUUCUUUAUGUUCAAAAACAUAAUUUUUUUGCCUUGCUCUUCUUCUCUCUCUCCUUGUACAUCUUCUUCCGGGGGAUGGACCGCUACAAACUUAUCACCAGGAACUUGGAUCGGAGCCAAAGAGAGGUGGUAGAUUAAGAUCUAAAAAGGCUGGAAGAGGAUCCCGCCGUGGUAGUUAGGACCUUUUUGCAUCACUCGCUGGAAAUUUUUCUGCUGACAAAAUGCAUGCUCGUUGCAUUUGAAGGGGUGAUUAAAGCGAGCCAUGCUUUACUAUCUCCACGUGACAACAAGCCCAAAAGGACGAGGCUAAUGCUUCCCUUCAUUGAUCGAGGCCCGGGCUAAAACUCACCUUAAAUCACCCUUAUUCAACCCCUAUGAAUGAAACAAGUCCAUGUCCGUGUGAUGUUUUAAAUCCUUGGUUUUCGGAUUCACAUUGUCACAUAAGUUAUAUGCAAGCUGUCAAGAUUCUUUUAUUUACACAAAAAAACUUAAACAGAGUAAUAAUCACCAACCUGACAUAACAUUAUUACUUAUUUUAAAAAUAUUAUUUUAAAUUCUAUAUCUUUGUAUCAAUAAAUUCAUCUAUCCUUAUAUCAAUCAAUUCCCUUUAAAAUCUCAAAUCUCACCAACAAACUCCAUUUGCUCUCUUCUUCUUCUUCAUUGAUGAGUUUGUUCUGUUUUCAAUUAUCACUCAAACCAUCACACCUCCUUUACUUUCUUUUUCUUCUUCACACCAUCUCUUUUCUCUUUUCUUCUGUAUGGAUGAAUGGUGUCUCUCUGUAUGUCCCCAAUUCACAAAAGACGUUCACAAAUUUCCCGUUGCAUUAUCAUUGACCAUUGUUGUUCUGCAGGUAUCCAAGUGAUGCAGAUAUUUGGUGGUGGACAUGAGAUAUGUGCAGCCAAUAUUCAACCAGUUUUUUGAGUCUACUUGGGUUCUCAACAACUUUUGCCCUCUGUUGCAUGGAAACCAGAGAUCGUUAGAUAUCAAUAUCUUUGUCUUAGUCCUAUUCUUGGUGAGAAAUCAAGAAAAUCACAAAAUGAAUGGUUAAAUUUGAACUAGUUUGCCAAUGUUAACUUCACAGCUCAAAGGCCUAUGCUUGUUGAUUCCCUAGGUGUGCAUGCUGCUCAUUGAAGUGUUAUAUAGUUUCGCGGAUCGCUACCGUGUACUAUUAGAACUUAGAAUAUUUGUGAGGUACAUGAGUUAUGUAUUCUUCUAUUUUCUUUCUAGUUGUCUCAUGGCAAAUGUGGAAGCUUUGGCUAGUUUCCCCAAUUGAGUUCAAAUUCUUGUAAUAUCCUCUUAUUCUUAGUUGAUUAUAGUAAAUUUUUCUCUUAUGUAUUUUGGUAUGUGGAUGUAGGAUUGUAGUUCAUUUUAGGUUGAACAAUGUUAUCAUUAACUUUUUAUGAAGAAAUAUUGUAGUUACAAUAAAGGUUAUGUUAUUUUGACAUGCUGAUCAAGGCACCAAUGACCUACUUCAACUCUUAGAAGGGUGAUCAGAGGUUCGCUUAGAGUAUAAGCUCCAAGGACCUGUGGGUUAAGGCACCGGCAUUAAGAAGGCAUGACCAUGAUGUUUCACUAUUAGUGUUUACCCGGUUACAAAAGCUUCUUUACUAUGUUUGUCUUCUUUAGAUUUCAUUAGCUGAUAAAUUUCUUUUGACUGCAUUUGAUGCUGAGAUAAAUGUAAAUUAUUCUGAUGAAAUCUAUUUUGCUUAAUUUCGUUCAUCUUUUGUUGCAGCAACAUUCCCAAACACAAUUAUUUUUAGCUUUGACAUUGAUGAGUGUCAACAACUGUUUACAACUCUUAGCUAUCAAAUUGGCUAUACCCUGAAGCCUUUGCUAGAUAUUUUUCAAGACCCUGCUCUAAGUUCAAAGAUUCAAGUUCAUCCAGAUGGUCAAGUUACAUUUUUGGGUUCCGCAAUUGAGAUGAAAGAUUUUCUUUCUCUAGUUGCUGAGUAAUAUUUAUCACAAAUCUCAUAUAAGGGAGAGAAACAGUCUAUUCUUUUUCCACACUUCAGUAGGUUGAUCAUGAACAUGUUUGAAGCAGAAACCAGAAGUCAUUCCUCCACAAUGGAGAUUCAUUCUACAAUAACUGUUCCUUUAAGAAGUCCUGAGAGAGUUAAAGCCAAGCGAAUGAAGAAAAAGAACACGAAAGUUGCGACCGAGAGGGAUCUCUACAUGAAGAACUACUUACAGGCGUGACUGUGUGAGAGUCUUCUAUCCUUGAUGGUUGAAAACAGACAGCACCGGAAAACAGCGAUUCUCUUGCUAAAGAAAUUGCCUGAGCUUCCACACCUUCUGACACAAUUUUUUGUUGGCAUUGUUGGUACUGACCUUGCUGUCAUGCUUUCUGUCGUCUGUAAACUCGCAUGUGGGAGAGUUCCCUUUUGCACAUCUAAGCUCUUAAAUACUGGAUUUAGAUUCGGGCUAGUUUGGCUUUCUUGGGCAGUAAGCAAGCUAAGGGAUACAAUCAUCAACAUAAGCAAGCAUGCAGGGAAGUUAGGACUACAAUCAUCGAGCAGUGGCGUUGCUAGCUCUGGCUGUACUGAGGCCUGCUUGAGUACUACCUCCAACUGCGUGGUUGCGAAAAAGUUCGAAGAAACACUGAAUUUUUUGGAUGUAUACGGGCUAUGGCUUUUGGUGAAGUGAUAGCAAAGCUGAGAAAUCUUGGUUACUUUCAAGCACUGAGAUUGUGAAUGUUUUGGCUUGAUCAGCAUUUGGCUAUGUUAUUGCAUAGAUUCAAUUAUUCAAGCUAUGAAUAUAGUAACUGGUUGAAAUUGUGGCAGCAAAACAAAGUGUAGUGUGUCAUAUGAAAUUUUAAAUUUUACAUGCAAAGAAAGUCUCAUCAGUGAGACUUAGGAAGUAGAAAAAGAUACAUAAUACUAAUAGGAAUGAGCAAGUUUUGUCUCUUUUAUUUUUA